AUGUCCCGGCGUCUAACAAGCACACUCCUGGGCUCAGCCACAGCCCAGCGAGCUCUCCCGACCACCUCAUCCCUCGCUUUCGCCCGCCCGGCGUCCACAACCACCACCUCCACUCCUCCCCUCUCUUCCGCCACUCCUUCGCCUUCGGCCUCAACGAGCGCCGCCCUCCCCCUCACUUGGCCCUCGUACCUAGCCCUCCGCCGCCGUCGGAGAUUAUGGUCCACCCUCACUAGUAUCCCCACGACGGCCGCCGGGCUCUUUGUGGGCGGAGGGUACUUUGCGGGGUUGGAGGCGGACCCGACAGAGCUGAUCAUGGGGUUGGAGCCAUUGGUGAUAUACGGUGGAGCUACACUAGGAUGUAUGAUAUUCGGCUACCUCAUCGGCCCCACCCUCGGCUCCUCCCUCUUCUCCCUGACCCACCCGGCCUACUCGCGCGGCUCACCCUCCCCGCUCGAAAUAAUGGACAGGGAGCUGUUUGAGCAUAUCAAGCGGAAUCGCGUGGAUCCGAGGUUCCAGAGUGUGAAUAAUCUGCCGCCGGACUAUUAUGGCGAGAAGAUCACUUCGCUUCCCACAUAUCGCCGAUGGCUCCGGGACCAAGCGACGUAUAAGCGGAAAGCGGCGCACGGGGUGCCAGGGGAGACCGCACAGGAGUAA